AUGGCGACGGUGCUUUUGCUGGUCUUUCAUGGAAAGAAAACAGUAAGGUGGAGGAUAUUUUCUUUGAAGGAAUCACAUUCAGCUGCAAACAAUUUUAAUUAUGAUAAUAAGCUUGGUGAAGGUGGAUUUGGUAGUGUUUAUUGGAGACAAUUAUGGGAUGGAUCUCAGGUGGUGGUCGGCGACGGCGGCGCUGGUGAUGGUGGUCGUUGGCGGAGGUGUUACGAAGGUGAUGGUAUUGAUGGUUAUGGUGCUACUAGGGGUGGUAAUGGCGGCGGUGGUUGGGGUUGGUGGCGGCUAAUGGUGGUUGGAUUUGUUGGAGGCGGAGGCGGUGGUGGUUUUAUGAAUAUUUCGUGGUGGUGGGUGGUGGAUGAUGUUGCUUUAAGUUGCUGGUUGUGGUAG